CUAUCGUUUCCUUUUCUUUUUCUCCUGUGUUCGCAGAUGUGCAACGAAUGGGCGAUAGAUACACCGUGUCCGGCGGGUGGCCGAGACUUCUGCAGAUCGCUGCACAUUUUGGACAGCCGUGGAAAUAGCAUUUGCAUCAGUUGCUGCGACCUGAGCUACUGCAACAUCGAGUCGCCGACCAACGCCACCAACGCCAUAUUCUCGCGGAAACGGCGCGCCAAAUCGAAGUCGAAGCGCAAACGACCCGGCAGAAACGGGGUCGAGGGCAGCCGAUUCUACGGGGACGGAGCGCUCUGGCUCCUGGCCUCACUCUUCUAUGCAUAUCAUUGCUGA